AUGCGGAUCCCUGCCAUCCUCGCUGCGCUUGCCUCGCUGAUGCUGAGUGCUGUCAGCGCAGAUACCUCGACGGACUCUGAGCUUGUGAUGCUCAUUUCACUCUCGCGUCAUGGUAGUCGUGCACCGAAUCCGACGGUCAAGGCUCACUGUCCGAACAAUUUGCCAAAUGUCAAGGCGUAUUCGGUGCCGCUCGAGCAGCUCACUGAGCGAGGAAUGGAGCAGAUGGAGAAGGUGGGAGAUCAUAUCCGCGAAGUGUAUGUGAACGAGAAAGGUUUCCUGUCCCCGACGUUCAAUGGACCGGAAGACGAUCCGCACUUCGAGGGAUACUUCCGAGCCGACGCUGCAAAUCGAUGCGGCCAGAGUGCAAUCUCAAUGGGCUAUGGACUGUAUCCCGAGGGUACUGGUCCCGACGGAUACGCACGACAACCGAUCCCUGUGUACAUGCAGCUAUUCGAGAAUGAGCACGACUUCACCGCGAACGGACCUUGCUGGCCGGUCAUGUCGGCGAAUAACAAAGCGUACCUAAAAGGAGGAGCCGCGGUUGCAAUCGAGAAGCACAAGAAGACACUUGAAGCUCUUGCUGACAUUUGCGGAAAGGUCUUUUACACUGGUAAUGAUCCGGUUACGGCGAUCAAGGAUGUGAACGACAUGUUCCUAUUUGACCAGGACGAGGGUCAUGACCCCGCUCCCGGACUCACACCCGAGUUGUUAAGGGAUGUCUCGGAGCUCGCGUUCCAGCAUCUUCUUGAACGUCUCUACUCGACGCCCACUCAAAUCACUGUGGCCAUCGGAGGAUUCCCACAACUUCUAGUGCGAAAUUUGCGUGAGGGCGCUUCACCAAAUCGGAACCCGGAGAGUCCCAAAUACCUAUCUUACCACGGCCAUCGUGAGCUCAUGCACGGUUUGGGCUUCAUGAUGGGCAUGAAGUUCAACUUUGAGGGUCUGCCACAGUACAAUGGUUCAACGCCUCUGCACCCGGCGUCGACGCUGUUCUUCGAACUGUACCGCAAGAGUGACGACCACUUCGUGCAACUGUUCGUAUGGUCUCCCUUCAGCCCUCGCACGGCGGUCAAGCUCGACACCUGCGAACUCCAGUGCCCUUUGAAUGAGUUUACUGCUAUUAUCGAGAACCAUAUCCAGUCCACCGGUCCAUGGCAGGAUCUCUGCGACUACCAUCCAGUGAACGUUCCUGCGGUCAAGACCGUCAAGACUCCCAAGCCCAUGAACGUGGUGGUGAAUGACGCGACGAUCGUCGAAGUGAAGGAAGAGGCACAGCCCAAACGUACGAGUGUUCUGUGGUCAAUUUUGACGGCCGGUGGUCUAGUUGCCCUUGGUGCAGUCGGGGCCACAACGUUCCAGCGCUACAUGAACCGUCGUGGUUAUCAGUCUUUGUGACUGCCAUCUGAUAACUGAUAACAUAGACCACACUUUAUUGGCUUAAACAAAUUGAAUUUGCCUC